UUACAAGGCACUCGGUAGCAGGAGGUGCUCAUCUCUCUCGCCUCAAGAGGUCAUUCUACCUACAGUUUGCCACUUGUUGCCGAAAGCUUCUUGUCCUGCCGACUCAAAUCCGAUAUACUGUAUGUAUAUAUAGAAAGAGAGUUAUUUCCCCCCCACACAAAUUUCCACGCGAUCGCAGCAGCUCGAUGUUGAAGCAGGACUACAGCGACGUCUGACUUGAGCUGAAGAGGGACAGUUUGGAGCCAAUUCGUUACCUUUGACGGGGGAAGAAGCAUGGUUGACAACACGAGCAUAGCAACUAAAUCUGCCUUGCAAGCCGCAUUUUCGUCCGCAACCCCGCUGCCGCUGCUGGUGGCGGCUUCCGGUGCACACGGCCACAUCUCGGGCGCGCACUCGCAUCAACCUCACGGCGGUGCGGGCAUGAAGCUCGAGGCUGUCAUGGAGAACCUGCAGAGGCAGCAGGCGGCCCGCUUGGCGCUCGAGGAGAAGCUGCGAAGCCAAGCCGAGAAAGACAACAUCAGGGCUGUUUUCGAGCAACAGCAGCAGCAACACGAGCUCGCUUUCCGCCACUACCAGGCAUCGGUGAGGGGAGCUCUGGCGGCGCACAGGAUGGCAACAGCGGCUACGCGCGCCACCGAAGACUCGGACGCUGACGACGAGCGCACUGCCCUGGACGACGACGAAGAUGAGCGAGACAUGGAGGAAGAUGACAGCGCGAAUGACGGCGACGUAUUCGACGUACCUCUGGGGCACUACGCGCCUCGCCAAGCCGCGCACUCCGGAGACACCGAGUCGCCAAAAAGCGCGCAUGCGCUCACCAGAGUUCAGGCUCCGUACUCGGCGAUCCGGCAGCCCGAGUCGCCUCAGGCGCAGCCCCAACACCACGAGUGGACAUACGAGGAGCAGUUUAAACAGUCAGGCAAAGACAGCCAGCCUGGGAGCGAAGCGGGUAAUUCAAGUGUUCCUUUCCGUGGUGGUGGUGGUGGUGGUGGUGGCUCGUCGUCUCUGAUUCAGGAGCUGUAUGAGCUGGAUGAUGACGUGAAAAGAAAAGAAUUUCUCGAUGAUCUCUUCAGCUUCAUGCAGAAAAGAGGGACUCCAGUGAAUCGGAUUCCUAUCAUGGCCAAGCAGGUGUUGGAUCUCUACACUCUCUACAAGCUUGUCACCGAAAAAGGUGGCUUAGUGGAAGUCAUCAAUAAGAAAAUAUGGCGCGAGAUUACCAGAGGUCUAAACCUUCCUACCUCGAUUACCAGUGCAGCUUUCACUCUCCGGACCCAGUAUAUGAAGUAUCUUUAUCCAUAUGAAUGUGAAAAGCGGGGGCUGAGCUCACCUGGGGAGCUGCAGGCAGCCAUCGACAGCAACCGGCGCGAGGGCCGCAGACAGAGUUACGGCUCAGCCCUUUUCAACUACUCGCCUGUAGGGACCCCCACCCUGCUGCCCUCACCCAAACUCCCCAUGUCCCACAUCAGCAUAGGAACCCCCAACGGAGUCCAAAUGGCCCACACACCCGUCAUCAAGAAAGAAGACUCUAUACUCUCCAGCUGCCUGACUAACCGGGUGGGCAUCCCAAUGCCCCUGGGUGGGCACCAUGGCACAGCUGCAGCUGCACAGGCUGCCCAAGCUGCCCAGGCGGCCCAGGCUGCAGCGGUCGUGCAGGCGGCUGCCCUUGAGCAGUUGAGAGAGAAGCUGGAGGCUGGAGAACCGCCAGAGAAGAAGGUGAUGCUGAUGGCUGAGGAGCAGCAGAGGAUCAUGCAGCAUGCGCUUCAGCAUAACCUCUUCGCCAUGGCCAGCCAGCUGCCAAUGAAUAUCAAGCUCAACAACAUGGAUGACAGACAAGAGACUGCAUUGAACCUGUCUACCAACGGCAUUAGCAGCAUCAACAUGUCAAUAGAAAUAAAUGGAGUUGUCUACACAGGGAUCCUGUUUGCCCGUAAGCCGGCCAUCUCUGUGAUGCCAGCUAGCCAGCGAGCUCAUCUACAUGCCAGCUCUCAGGGAAAGAGCAGCAGCCCCGGUCUCAUCAACCACAGCAAGCCGUCCUCUUCCUCCUCUUCCUCUUCCUCCUCUUCCUCCUCGCACGGACCGGCUGCCUCACCUUAAGCCACCAACCCCUAAAUAACCCUGUUCCCUUUCCUUAAAAGACACGAGGCAGACUGCUAAACUCUCCAGACUGUAUGUUUUUUGUAUCCUCUAAUGAUGACCUCCCACACUUUCUUUUCUUCACGUCCUCCUCCGGAUCCAUGCAAAGUCAAUCUCCUAAACAGUACUUCAACAUGAAAGAGAAUCGAGCGUGAUCGUGUCAUCCCGGCAACGAACAUGACACCCCAUACAGUACACAUACGUACGGUGCAGGAUUUGAGGACUCACUUCUUUGAAAGACUCAUCAGAAGACAGUGCCAAGAAGACAAGAAACUGUAAAAUAACAUAAAGGAUGAGGGAGAUGAUAUUCCAUGGACAGAACGCUUAAACGAAAAAGUAUCUGCUGUUAAAACCUGAAAAUACACCUUGUCCAUAUUCAUGGUUCUUUUAUCUUUCCACAUGAAUCGGACUAGCUUUAAUACCGAAAUACCAAAGAGCGUAUGAAUAACAUUGUGAUAUUAAGUGCACACGCAUAUACUUUCAGUAUCAUCAUGUGUAGAUGAUGCCUUUGCAGAAAUUAAAUUAAAUAUGCAAUGGUAAGGAUUUUCGAACUAAAGUACAAACAAAUAUAUAUAUCAGUGGUAGACGAAGCACAUUCCGCUUAACAUGGGGCAUCCAAUAGUCAGGGAGAUGAAAGUACUUUAUUCUAGCUUUAACUUCUUUCUUUGGAGUUACAAAGAAAAAGGAAAUAGAUUAGACAUGAACGGACAUGAAUGUUCCCUCAAACGCCACAUAAUCCACAAAUAUUGGGACAAUCAUAAGAGUCAGUUAUAUCUGAAACAGAUGUAGUGGUAUUUGGUGAUAUUCUCUUCCCUCACUUCUUCACCUCCUCUAGAUCAGUUUAACACCAAGGUUCACAAGUGUUCAUUAAAUGCAAUUUUAUAUCAUUAAAAGCUAGUUAUUCUUGUCAAUAUAGAUUUCUCAUAGCUACAUUAGACAUCGUGUCAUAUGUGUCGAGAUUGUGUAUUUAGGAUUUAAUUAUGAAAAAUGGCUGAGCACUUCAAUGCAACUCCCUGAUAUGAGGAAAACGUAUUCAUAUGUGGUUAGUAGAGAAAAAAGCUCACCCCAGACAGACGAGAACAUAUCUUUUAUUGUGAGCUGAGUCUGAAUUCUGAUUACUUUGCUUUUGCCUCAUUUUUAUUUUUGUCUUUAAGGAGACUUUGAGGAUAUUCUUCUCUUCUUUUCUUUUCUUUUCUUUUCUUUUCUUUUAGUUAUUCCUUUUUCAGAAGUUUGUAAAGCAUAUAAUUUUAAAUUCUAUUUAUUAUUAUAAUAAUUUUUACUGUUUUUUCUGUUUUUUUUUUUUUUAUAUAUAUAUCCUGGGCUGAAUCGUUGCAGCAGCUCCGUGGUUCAAUUGAAAAAAAAAAUUUCAAAAAAGAAAGAAAAGAGAUUAAAAAAAUAGAAUUUUAAAAUGCAGCCAGAUACCUCACAAUUGUACCUGUACAUACGUGUAAUAGAUUAUGAAUUACAAGGUAUACCUCAUUUUAUUUCAUUUCUAUUUCUUGUGAAGCCACUUGAAAAUCAAAGCUUUUGUUUCACCCGAUCACUGGAUUUUUUUGUUUCCUAUUUUGUAUUAUUAUUAUACCAAAGAAGGGAAUUAUAUUAAUACGCAUCUACCUCAUUUGUUGUAGACUGUGCCAACAAACCUGACCACAAUCACCCAUUUUUAACUGUAACGUUUAAGGCUCUACAUCAAACGUGAGGCAUAGACAAAGAGGUCUGUGGUUAACAGACGCAGGUCUUUGACACAGUGUAAUUUAAAUUGCUUGUUUAAUUUUGUCUGUGGCAUUUUUUUAUGUGUGGAAAAAGAAAUGCCAGAAGGAUUUUAUUAUACAUACACAAUCUAUUCUGGGCUAUUUCAUAGCGACGGGUUUGUAAAUGAUCAGAAUCGGAAUCGUUCUGUACCACAAGCGGAUUUAUUCUGCGCCAAAUGCUGUUGCUACAGCUUCAUAAGAAAACCUUCAAACGAUAACAUCCACGUUAUUCGGAUUUCUGUAUGUAGCCGAAAGCGGUUUCUUAUAAUUGUUCCAAUGCAGUGUUUACUUGAAUUACUGUUUGCAUACACAACAUUAUGUUGGUUUUAAAGGUGUGGUUUCCAAAUGCAGGUCACGUGACACAAAGUUCAACCGAUUCACCUGAGUCAUGUUGGAUGAAAUCAUAAGCAGGUCAGGGUUAAGCCUAAACGCAAGGACAGCAACGGCUGGCUGUCUUACUAAUGCUGUUUCAUAUGAAUUGAAACUACAUUGGCCUUGAUCUUUAUAAUUCCAACACAAUUUGCAUUAGAUUUGGUUGGCUUUUGCAUUAUACCCUUGCACAAGGCUGCAGUAAUCCUGGCCAAAAAAAAAAAAUAAAGCACUUCAAAGUGCUCUACAAGCUAAAUUGGAUUGAAGAUUUCAAUUACAGCAUCUGCGAUUAAAUAUUUUGUAAAAAAGUUUUUACACUGAUACUCAGAUUAUUUCCCACACUUUUAACUGCAUACACAUUUUGCUGUGAAAAUAGCUAGUAUUUAAAUAGUAAAAUAUUUUGAGUAAACAUGAUUAAAUGUUUGAUUCAGGCCUUGGUUGAAAAAUAACCGUAAGAAUGUAAAAACGUGUCCUGAAUUUAGCACAACAUCACAUUAGAUAAUGAUAUCUUUCCAAUCAUUGUACAAAAAUAAAAACCGAAUGAAAUACGUGGGAAACUGAACGGAGCACCGAACAGUCGACACACAGCUGUCAGAACGUGACGUGCUCUAACAGACGUUUCUUUUAUUUUUAUUCCUCAGCAAUGGCACAGUUUCAAUCUUUUCACAUAGCUGUCACUUCACAUCUCAUCCCUAAACUGCAGAGAUGUCGGUGCAACUCUGGAGUAUUUGUUCGACUGUGAAAUGAGAACAUGAGUCAGUGUGAUUCUUGUAAAAACCAAAGCUUUUUCUAAAGAAGGUUUCUGUUUCACCAUCAGAAAGCUUGUUAACAAAGAUGAAAUAAUUUUGUUGAAUGUUAAAAAGAAAAAAAAAAGAGUUCACUCAUGUGCUUACAAUAUUAUGUUUACUUUGUUAAAUAUGUACACAAUGCUAGGAUAGUAGAUAUUAGAUUCUUCUUUUUUUUUUUUUUUGCUUCAAAACUUUUAUUCCUCUUUUUAUUUUAUUUUAUUUGGAUAAUCCAGUGCAUUAUGGGAAAGCUGGAUUGUGGUGCUCAGGGGUUAAAAAAAAGUACAAAAAAAACAGGUGAAAGAUUUUGUUUGUUUGUUUUAUCAUUAACUUGUAGCAUAAUUAGAAAUAAAGUACAACUUUACCAAGCA